GGAUGGAGUUAAUACAUCACUAUAUUAUGGUUAUCACGACACUUUAUUUAAGAGUCAUUUUGCACCUUAACAACAUACAUGAAACUUGAACACAGCAGAUUUUCGUUCUUCAUUUUCAAACUUCACUUCAUUUUCAGAUUAAUAUUACUCUCUCUUUCUCUCUUCACUUAGUUACAAACAAACAAAGAACGAAAAAAUUAGUAGAAAUUAGACUUAUUUAUAUAUACAUACAAUUCAUCCUCUCUUAGUUGUUUUUGUUUUUGUCUAAUUGGAGUAUUUUAAAAACCAUGGCAACGGCAGCAUGCGCCUUAGAGACUGUGGCUAGAACAUUGGCGUGUCGUGACGGCGUGGCGGCGGCGCAGCUGAAGGUGACGUCCAUCUUCGUCAUCUUCGUCACAAGCGUAAUCGGCAUACUCUGUCCGGUUCUAUUGGCCAGGCUUUUUCAAGGCAAACCAGCUUACGAUAAGGCCACACUAUUAAUCAAGUGCUUCGCGGCCGGAGUCAUUCUCUCCACAUCCUUAGUCCAUGUCCUUCCUGACGCCUUCGCAGCUCUCUCAGAUUGCCAAGUGGCAUCACUCCACCCCUGGCGGGACUUCCCUUUUGCCGGUCUCGUGACCUUGAUCGGCGCACUAGUCGCUCUCCUCGUCGACGUCACUGCCACCUCCCACGCUGGAAUGCACGGUGGUGGUGACGCGCCUGAAUACGAACCGGUAGGUACGAAGGGGGAGAUGGUGGUGGUGGAGACGGAGACUAAGAAAUUGGUCGAGUCUAGGAUCGAAAUGGGUGAGUUGGGUGGGGUAGAGCGAGUGACGUUGGAGGAGGAUUUGGUGAGAAUGAAGCAGAGACUGGUGUCGCAAGUGUUGGAGAUUGGGAUUAUAUUUCACUCGGUGAUUAUUGGGGUGACCUUGGGAAUGUCUCAGAAUCAGUGUACUAUUAGACCUUUGGUGGCUGCACUGGCGUUUCAUCAGAUUUUUGAAGGCAUGGGUCUCGGCGGCUGCAUUGCACAGGCAAGAUUUAGCUUUGGAACGACAGCGUAUAUGUGUUUUAUGUUUGCAGUUACGACGCCAAUGGGAAUAGUACUGGGAAUGAUAUUAUUCUCGGCCACAGGGUAUGAUGAUAGUAGUACAAACGCCUUGAUAAUGGAGGGUUUGUUGGGCUCUUUCUCUUCCGGAAUACUAAUAUACAUGGCUCUUGUUGAUCUUAUAGCUCUUGAUUUCUUCCACAACAAAAUGAUGAAUUCCAUUUCAUGGUUGAAAAAGGCUUCUUUCAUUGCUCUUGUUCUUGGUUCAACCUCAAUGUCUAUCUUAGCCAUUUGGGCUUAAAACAACGAAAAAGUGCUUUCAAUAAGAUUGGAAAAGUGUUAUCAAAAUAUUACAUACCACUUUUUGAUGUGUUAAGUCUAACUG